AUGAUACACUUCAAACUCUUGACAGGGCUCUUAGUCGCCUCUCUCCUAUCGAUUCCCUGGCGGGUCUCGAACAAUCGCACCGUCACCACGAUAAUCCCCGCGUUAGCCGACCCGGAGACGAUCCGCCAGCUGCUCCAAGAUCAGCCACUCUUCAUCAAGUUGAAUCCGGUGGUUACUGGCAUGAGCCUCGUGCCCACAGCACCCGAGCGAUACGAGGAUGAGUGGCUCCAGACCGCGGAGGCGGGUCCUCCAAUCCAAACCUACGUCCUCAGCCAGGUGAUCACGAUGGUGCCAGGCGCAAGCGGAUGGGGACAAAAGCAUAUCCAAUUCGAGACCUGGCUACGAGACACCCCGACCGGAGUUAAGACCCGAGCGGACGCCCCCUUUGGCGUGUCGGUGGCCAGCCACUGGGCAGUCGAGCCGACCGCGUUGUUGUCCGAUCCACAAGAUCCACAAGAUUGGCGGAUCACGGUGCAAAGAAGAAUUACAUGUGUAUGGUGGAUGAUGCCUUUUGUAGCCUACACAUACGACGAGGUCCAUGCCAGCGUCCUCCGUGACUUGACUGAGCUUGCCAGCUGA